AUCCCCUAUCACUCAUCCGCUAGGCGAUAUUAUUGUUUGCCGAAGCGCACUACAAACACAUACAAAGUGCCGCCCGAAAGCAAAAGUCGGUAAAGUACUGGAACUUGCGCAUGUAAACAGAUGCAGCUUCGUCACAGUUCGUUGGGGCCGUAGUGAUAUUAGAGAGAGAGACCGCGGGCUCUGGCACCCAUCCCUCGGACGUUGGGAUCGGAACUCCAGAGAUAGUUUGACCGUUGUGCAGUUCGCUUGCUUCCGUGUGGUCCUUGUGAUAGUGUGCUGCUGUCCUGUGUUCUUAUCGUGAAAGAUGUCCAACGCCGCAGAUCUACCGCCCGUGCUGAACAAACUGUUCAGCCACAUCGAUGCCAACAAGACCAGGUACAUCGAUACGCUGCGGGAAGCGGUGGCGAUAAAGUCGGUCUCGGCCUGGCCCGACUCGCGGCCGGAAAUCUUCCGCAUGGUGGACUGGGUGGCGGACCGGCUGCGGAAGCUUGGUGCUACGGUUGAGCUGGCAGACGUCGGCAAACAGCAACUGGCCGAUGGCCGUGAACUCGACCUACCGAAGGUCAUCCUCGGGGUGCUGGGAACGGACUCUGCGAAGAAGACUGUGUGUCUUUACGGGCAUCUGGAUGUGCAGCCAGCCAUUCUGGAGGACGGUUGGGCGACGGAACCGUUCGUACUGACGGAAAAGGAUGGCAAACUGUUCGGACGUGGUUCGAGCGAUGACAAGGGACCGGUCCUCGGAUGGAUCCACGCGAUCGAAGGCUUCCAGGCCAUCGGUGAACCGCUCCCGGUCAAUCUAAAGUUUGUGUUCGAGGGCAUGGAAGAGUCCGGCAGUGAGGGUCUCGACGAUCUGCUGUACGCGCGUCAGAAGGAUUUCCUGUCCGACGUGGACUAUGUCUGCAUUUCCGACAACUAUUGGCUCGGUACGGACAAGCCGUGCAUCACGUACGGACUGCGAGGCAUCUGCUACUUCGAGGUGGAAGUCAGCUGCGCGCACAAGGAUCUGCACAGCGGCGUAUUCGGCGGAACCGUGUACGAAGCGAUGAACGAUCUGGUGUACCUGCUCGGAACGCUCACCGACUGUGAAGGACGCAUUCAGAUCCCGAAAAUCUACCAAGAAGUGGCUCCACUGCUGCCGAACGAGCAGGCCAUUUACGAUGCGAUCCACUUUGACGUUGGCAGUUACCGGGCGGAGCUGGGAGCGCGCAAGCUGAUGCACAAGGAGGACAAGACGAAGAUUCUGAUGCACCGUUGGCGUCAGCCGAGUCUGUCGAUUCACGGUGUUGAGGGCGCGUUCUACGAGCCCGGCCAGAAGACGGUCAUUCCGAAGAAGGUUAUUGGCAAGUUUUCGAUCCGCAUUGUGCCAAACCAGACGCCCGAGCUGACGGAGCGUUACGUGAGCGAGUAUCUGACGGCAAAGUGGGCCGAGCGUGGUUCACCGAACCAGUUUGCGGUGCGCAUGGCGCAUGGAGGUAACCCGUGGACGGAGGAUCCGAACCAUCCGCACUAUCAGGCGGCCCGAACGGCUACGAAACAUGUGUACAAAGUGGAUCCCGAUAUGACGCGCGAGGGUGGAUCGAUUCCGGUCACGCUAACGCUGCAGCAGACGACGGGCAAAAACGUGUUGCUGCUGCCGAUGGGUGCCUCGGAUGAUGGAGCACACUCGCAGAACGAAAAGAUCGAUGUGCGCAACUACAUCGAGGGGACCAAACUGCUUGGGGCAUACUUGUACGAGGUGUCUCGCAUCAACUGAGUAGCCAGAUUGCUGUCGAUCUUUACCACUGCGAACGCAAAACCCCGACAUCACGACCCAUCACUACCACUUCCCUGUGCUAAACACCAACCCCGUUUGAUACCAAUCGUUUUCGGCGCGUAUAUGAGAAUUGUUAAUAAAAAAUCCGGCAUGUGAUUUUAGCUAAUGCUGUA